AAAAACGUUUGUACUGGAACUAGGCCUAAAGUUCGAAACAUCGAAGAUACAACAAAACGAAAAAAAAACCACUCGUAGUAUAUCUCAUGAGGCUUCAGUAGAAACUUCGAAGGAACAGUUGAGAGAUACAGGAAAUGGUAAGUCCACAGAUAAAAAGGGAAGGUAUCAAACUGAACAAGAUCCCUCAAGUAUUAGGAAAUCACAUGAUACAAAAUGCUCUGGUUUUUUUGGAAUUCGUUCAUACGUGCAUGAAUUUUACGACUCCAUCAUGAUUAGAGAUCCUCAAUUAAACGACGAAUUUGAAGAUUACGAUUUUCGUUAUUUGGUUAAGCAAGGAAAGAAAUGUCGCAGAAGCUUUUGUUGGAAGGUGGCUUUUUGGUCAGGAGUAAUGCUGUUUGUAUUUGGAUUAAUUUUAAUAUUACUGGGCUACUUAGCACCGGAAAAGAAAGUUGUCAUAGGUUACCAAGAUAACUUGGAAAUUAUAGAUCGUUCAGCCCUGCUGUUCAACAAGAACUUGGGUCUCUGCAAAGUGAUUGGUUUGGUAGUAUUUUUUAUAGGUUUUAUGAUAAUGUUAUCCGUGUUUCUUUUGCCAAAAGUGGUGUUUAGAAACGCAAAAAAUGACGAUUCAGAAGAAGGUUACGACUUUAAUGUAGCAUGCUUAGAACAAACAACCCAAGAUAAGAUUCCAGCUUCAGAAGAAUUAACCAACGUUCAACCAAAGCGCAGUGAUGGAGAUGAUGUUAUCAUGACUAAUAAAGGGUUGUGUAAAAUACCCUAAGAAUCACUACCAAAGUUUAAAGUUCUAAUCCCGUAUUUAUCUGGUUCUAAGUACUUGAAUUGAUUUGAGAUUUAUAUACAGUUUAUUGAAUACUCAGUGAUGACAAAACAUUACACGAGUUAUAACAAUCAGUACAUUUAUUUAUCCUAUUAUACACCAAUAUUGUAUUGACUUGUACAUUUCGUGAAGUCUGUGUAUCGAGUGUUUACCCUACACUUGUAAUUAAAUUCUACCAACAGA